AUGGGCAAGGACGACAAGACCCACAUCAACGUGGUCGUUAUCGGCCACGUCGACUCUGGCAAGUCCACGACGACUGGUCACUUGAUCUACCAGUGCGGUGGUAUCGACAAGCGUACCAUCGAGAAGUUCGAGAAGGAAGCCGCUGAGCUCGGCAAGGGUUCCUUCAAGUAUGCGUGGGUUCUUGACAAGCUCAAGGCUGAGCGUGAACGUGGUAUCACUAUCGAUAUCGCGCUGUGGAAGUUCGAGACCGAGAACUACAUGGUCACCGUCAUUGAUGCCCCGGGCCAUCGUGACUUCAUCAAGAACAUGAUCACUGGUACCUCCCAGGCCGACUGCGCUAUUCUCAUCAUUGCUGCUGGUACUGGUGAGUUCGAGGCUGGUAUCUCCAAGGAUGGCCAGACUCGUGAGCACGCCCUGCUUGCGUACACCCUUGGUGUCAAGCAGCUCAUCGUCGCCAUCAACAAGAUGGACACCACCCAGUGGUCUGAGGCCCGUUACCAGGAAAUCAUCAAGGAGACCUCCAACUUCAUCAAGAAGGUCGGCUACAACCCGAAGACCGUUCCCUUCGUUCCCAUUUCCGGCUUCCACGGCGACAACAUGCUCAAGCCCACUGAGAACGCUCCCUGGUACAAGGGCUGGGAGAAGGAGGGCAAGGGUGGCAGCAAGGUCACCGGCAAGACCCUCCUCGAGGCCAUUGACGCCAUUGAGCCCCCCAAGCGUCCCACCGACAAGCCCCUCCGUCUGCCCCUUCAGGACGUGUACAAGAUCGGCGGUAUCGGCACGGUCCCCGUCGGCCGUAUCGAGACUGGUAUUCUGAAGCCCGGUAUGGUUGUUACCUUCGCUCCUUCCAACGUCACCACGGAAGUCAAGUCGGUUGAGAUGCACCACGAGCAGCUCACUGAGGGUGUUCCUGGCGACAACGUCGGCUUCAACGUGAAGAACGUCUCCGUCAAGGAGAUUCGCCGUGGCAACGUCGCCGGUGACUCCAAGAACGACCCCCCUGCUGGUGCCGCUUCUUUCGAGGCCCAGGUCAUCGUCCUGAACCACCCUGGUCAGGUCGGUGCUGGCUACGCCCCCGUGCUCGACUGCCACACGGCGCACAUUGCCUGCAAGUUCGCUGAGCUCCUGCAGAAGAUCGACCGCCGUACUGGUAAGGCUGUCGAGGAGAACCCCAAGUUCAUCAAGUCUGGCGACGCCGCCAUCGUCAAGAUGAUUCCCUCGAAGCCCAUGUGCGUUGAGGCUUUCACCGAGUACCCCCCUCUCGGUCGUUUCGCCGUCCGUGACAUGCGUCAGACCGUCGCUGUCGGUGUCAUCAAGAAGGUUGAGAAGGCCGUUGGUGGUUCCGGCAAGGUCACCAAGUCCGCUGCCAAGGCUGCUGGCAAGAAGUAA